AUGACCAUUGCGUAUUUAUUGCUCGACAAACUAAAACUCUACAGCAGCUCUACAAUACCCGCCUUGCUUUUCUAUAUCCUCACAUGCAAGCAAUCUCAUGACACAAGCAAUGCCAUCUUGUCUGCAAUCGUGCUAUUGAAUUUCGUUGUCCCUAUAACACACAAUGGAGCGCAUGGCGACAAGAUUGAUCACUCGGUGGUUGCAACUAUGGCGAGCUAUCUUGGUUUUGGUAUGAUACGCUAUAUGGUUGAUCGACAUCAAGGCAAACCCACUGUGCCCUUUUACCGUGUACUCGACACGUGGAAUCAGCGACCAGAUCAACCACAAAGCAGUGAAGAAAAGACAACAUCCUCCAAUCAACAACCACUUGACACGUCGACGAUGCAAAGCAACACAUUCAAAUGGCUCAUGUUGGGUAUAUUUCGAGUCCUUUUAUCCAUGCCGGUAAUGGCUUUUUUGGAUGGCUUUUUACGUGUCUGCAAUGAGCCGCCCCUGGAUCCACCUUAUACAUCUCUUAUGUUUUCCGGCCAAUCGAUUCCAAUACCCACCUUGUAUUACCAUGCUAUCGCCAGUAUUGCUCUUGUAAUGCAUCUCGUCCUUGUACCAACAGUUUGGCUCGUCAUUCACAGCUUAAAGCUAUCCUAUCUUGCACUCUUUUCCCCAAAGACAAUGUCCUCUUAUCAUGACGAGGUCGCCGAGUUUGUUCAACGCCCACCCUUAUUUGAUCGGUUAUGGCUGGCAUCAUCUGUUCAUGACAUGUGGUCUAGACGCUGGCAUCAGAUAUUCCGAUCAGCAUUUCGAGACAUUGCCUACCUUCCAAUAAGACGAUUGUUUCCAAAGAAGCCAAUGCUGGGUCGAGCACUUGGAGUCAUGUCGGUCUUCAUUUUAUCCGGAUUGAUGCAUGAUUACAUUCUACUUUGCAUGGUCGGCUAUCAGCAAUACAUCUCUGUACCUGGUUCGAUGGGAAUGCAGACCACUUUCUUUUUGCUUCAAGGCCUGGGAACAGUCAUAUCCAAUCAUCAUGCCAUCCCCAAAAUGCCACGCAUCCUAGCUAGGCUCUUGACCUUUCUCUUUUUGCUUUACACUGCACCCUUUUUUAUUGAACCUUACAUCCGUAUCAGGUUGAACCGCAUCGCUCGUGUUCCAGGAUAUCCACAAACACUCGACCCCUAUCUUGGUCCCGUUUGCCCUUACGGUUCAAGAUUAGACGUCUAG